AUGGACGAUAAUCCCGACUACGAAAUCCAGUUGAAAAGUGACCUGCUCAAGGCUUUCGAAGCCAUCAACGCUCCCGCAAAUCGUGCAAAAUACGCUGCAUGGGAGGCCAAUCAGAAAACUCCACCUGCUAGAGUCAAUGUCGAUGGAGUUGGAGACGUUGACAUCCCUCUCAGUGAACAAAAAGUUCGACUGCUUAUCGCCAAAGCGCAUCGGGCUCCUGAUGGCCGCAGAAGCAAGGCGGCGCAUGUCCGCAACCGAUGGGAGCUGAACAAGGACCAGUUGCACUUUCCCGACCCAGCAUGGAAAGGUUAUCUGCGCACUGUAAGACAGGAUCUCACAAGCAAGCUGGGCAUUGAUGUGCCCAUUCGAUUGGGGUUGAACAAGAUGCUUAUAUAUGGACCGGGGGCCAUCUCCAAACCACGAACUGAUACUGAAAGUGAAAGGACUACAGGCAGGUUUGGGACUUUGAUAAUCUGUUUGCCAUCAGCUCUCACGGGCGGGGAAGUUGUUGUGGAGCACAACGGCGAAUGCAUAACUUUGGGAACGUCGGCUGCCAAACAGUACAUUGCUUGCUGGUAUUCGGAUUCGGACGUGACGCAUGAAGUUCGACCCGUCAAAUCCGGCUAUCGGUGCGUCUUGACCUACAGCCUGGCCGUUCUCCCUGGCCACCCCCGGCCAACAGCCAAUGCACCUUCACUCCAAAAAACGCUUCAACGCUGGCUCGAAGACCUAGCUACCAACAACGCAACAGAACCGCCAGGCCAUCUUUGUCAUCCUCUUGAGUACGAAUAUACUGACUCUGAAGGUUCCAUGUCCUUUGAAACACUCGAGACAGAAGACUUGAAGCUGGUACAGACACUACGAGAUUCCGCGCGUGAGCUCCCUUUGGAAAUAUUCUUAACGUUAUUAGAGAAAGAAAAAAGGGGAUUCGUCAAUCGGAAACCCAAGGCCCAUCAUUCCUGUAACUUCCUUUGCGAUUAUCCUUGCCAUCGACCCUUUGAGUCCGACAACGAUUCCGAUUCCUAUGCUAGCCACCAUUCCCUUGAGUCCGACAAUGUGGAGGAGAUUAGCUGUAUUGUGAAGUCACUCCGUACACUUGACGGGACCUUGAUUGCCAGGAACUACGACUUGGAUUUGGAUUGUUGCCUAAAAGAUCCCUUCGAUGUUUCUAUUGACAGAGAAACAAACAAUCACGACGGGGAGGAGCAUACAACGGUCAUCCAUUGGUAUCGCCGUUCAGCGCUCAUUAUGGUUCCACAUAAAACGAUUGGGCAAUACUUUGCUCAAUGCGCAUUUGGAUGUAUAAACGACGGACUAAACGAUGAUAGACCUGGCGCUAGAAAUAUUUGUGACUCAGCUCUGCGCUAUCUUGGUGAAAAUUGCCCUUCAGCCCAAAGUUUGAUGCUCGAUGAAAUAUCUGUGCUGUAUGUGUCAGAGCCCUGGAGGCUGAAGAUGACCGAUAUGCUCAAGACUGCCCUGAAAUACUCUCAUCACAAGCUAUUCCAAACUGUCGGAGUCCGCCAUCAAGGCAACUUACCGUUUUCGUUCUUUGACUGGAUAAAGGAAUGGCUAACCAAGCUUUCUGGUGCAGACCGUGCUGAAAAGUACCGGACAUGGAUACCGCUACUCAUCCAGGGCUACCCAUCUAUGACCGAGAUCCUCAGCAUCAUUAGGACUAUGUCAUGCUUGACUGGUGGCGCUGCGUUAUCUAGCACCUGGGCACGAGACGUGGCCCGUCGAUGCAUUGCAAGAUUCCCCGAGGUUACCAAGAAGCCGACGAUAUCAGAUGGAGAGUUGAUCAUGUCUGCUGUCAUUGAUCUCGAUGAGGCAUGGCCAGAGAAGUUUGCGCUUCUUGUAUCAAUAUUUAACCGCUUUCCAAAAGCCGAUGCGACCGCCUUCUUACUAGCUAUCCUUUCUCGGCUCAAGACUCAAGCAGCAGCGGCGCAUCUCUCAAUUUCCGCGACCAUUGAGCUAUACAGAAGUCUUAGCUUGCGCUUCGUCAACACUGAGAGAAGGCUCUCUGACAUCAUUACCACAGGGAAAACCAGGUCUAAGACUAGAAGCAGGCCGAUGGUUCCAUGGAUUCAAUCUACCCGUGAUCUCAAGGAUGAUGCGAAAUUAAUAUAUCAAAUGGGGAUGACGGUUACUCCAGAGGCUCUGGUUCAAUUUGCCUGUGACCUCAACGACAUCAGCACCAAUACGGUGAAUUCAAUCCAGCCAUUUAUCCAAGAAAUUAUUGCACAAUGCCAUAGUUUCUCGGCUGAAGACAUGCAAGAGCUCUGGAUGCCGUUCCUCUACCAACUCAUCACGGCUCUGCUCUCUCGGCCAGUCGUUCUACACAUGUCAUCUUAUCAGCAGCUGACUCGCGAGUUGAUCGAUCACUUGGUUGAAAAAGUCAUCGGACCGCCCCCUCAAGCCAGCGACUUCAACCAAACCCGUCGAGUAGCUUGUUCAUGUUCUGACUGCAAGGAUCUCAACCAAUUCCUGCAAUAUGCGUCCCAAGGUGUUAGGCGAUACCCACUAGCUUCAGCCAGACGUCAUCACCUGGAGCAGCAGAUCGAUUCGGCUCGUAUUCCUUGCAGCCAGGACACUGUUGAGACUGAGCUUGGUCGCACACUCGUCGUCACCAAACGUUACACUCUUGAGGUUAGGAAAUGGAACGAGCGACAUCAUGAAGUAUAUGGUGCUCUCAUUCGUAAUAUCCAUGAAGAGCACCUUGAAAUCCUACUCGGUGCCUCCGAAGCUACCCAAAUCCGAUCCCUAGCAGAGAGACAACCAGCCACUGUGUAG